AUGUGCUGGCCGUGGCCGUCCCGUGGUGUUCGGGUUGCCCCGACAGUCGUCCCGCGCAAGCUGCGGAUGAAUGACAGAGAGUACAAUGACUCGCUCGAGUUCAACUCCAACUACACAACGACGUCAAAGUACACCGUCUUCAACUUUGUUCCGAAGAACCUCUGGGAACAGUUCCAUCGCAUUGCCAACGUUUACUUUCUCUUUAUCGCCGUCUUGCAACAGAUCCCCGGUGUCUCUCCUCUGGGCACAGGCACGGUGGCAAUGACCCUUGCCAUUGUUCUCAUGUUUACCGCCAUCAAGGAGGCUCUUGAGGACUAUCAUCGUCAUGUCAAUGAUCGAGUUGUCAAUCAACGUCAGACCAUAGUCGUGAGAAACGGCGUCAAGAUGCCCGUCCGCUGGCAGGAUCUCGUCGUAGGUGACAUUGUCAACGUCACCAACAAGCAGUUCUUCCCCGCUGACAUCAUGGUCAUCGCCUCCUCCGGCCCGCAGGGUAUGUGCUACAUCGAGACUUCAAACCUCGACGGCGAGUCAAACCUCAAGAUCCGCCAGGCCCCUCCCGCCACGGCCUCCGUGGACCUUGACCAGCUGCUCUCGCUCCGUGCAGAGCUCGAGUGCGAUCCGCCAAACUCGGCCAUGUACUCCUUCAACGGUGUCCUUCGCCUCCUUCCGCCUCACCACUUUUCGGCUAGCGUCCAGCCGCCGCCCGCUUCGCACCAACGCCCCCCGCUCCGCGCCCUGCCCUCGGCUGGCUCGCUGAUGCAAUUUUCCGAGGCCUCGCGCGCCCGCCCGCAGGCUGCCACCCUCGCCUCGGGCAUCAAGGUCACCAACCAGCAAAUCCUCCUCCGCGACUCGCAACUGCGCAACACCGCAGAGAUCUACGGUCUCGUCGUCUACACUGGCCGUGACACCAAGAUCAUGAAGUCGUCCAACCGCGUCCGCAUGAAGCAGUCGCGCGUCGAGCGCCUCACAAAUCGCCUCAUCAUCGGCAUGUUUAUUCUUGAGGUCUCUCUUUGCCUUGUCUGCGCCGUCGGCAACUCAGUCUGGCUCCGCCGCAACACUCAUUCGGCCCACUACCUCGCCCUUGGCAACGUCAACCCACGCGCUGCUGGCGCUCUCUCUUUCCUCACCUUUGUCAUCCUCUUCUCCACCCUCAUCCCCAUUUCGCUCUACGUCUCGAUGGAAACCGUCAAGUUUGGCCAGUCCAAGCUCAUCGACCAGGACAUCACCAUGUACUACCCGCCCAAGGACACUCCCGCCAUGUCGCGCACCUCCUCGCUCAAUGAGGAGCUCGGCCAGGUCCAGUACAUCUUCUCAGACAAGACCGGCACACUUACUCAAAACUACAUGGCCUUCAAGGCUUGCUCCAUCAACGGCGUCGCCUACGGCGCGGACACUGCCUUUUUCGUCCACGCCCCCUCGCAGGCCGACCACAUCGCAACCCACGUCUCGCACGCCUCCGCCAAACACGACGCCUCCGACUCGUCCGCAGACUCGGUCUCCUCGGCCCACCUUGCGCCGCCCAAGCGCACCAGCCACCGUCGCCGCUCCUCAUCGUCGGCGGCGACAACGUCUUCCUCAAGCUCAUCUAUCUCGGACCCGCCAUCACCGCACACCUCGUCCAAGGCCCUCGCCGGCACUCUCGCCAACACACCUCAAGGCCUGGGCCCUGGCGAUGAGCCCGACAAUAUCCGCGCCGCGGCCUCCUCCUCAUCAUCAUCAUCGUCGUCCCCCGUUUCAGACUCAAGCACCGCCCAGGAAGCCGGACGACCGUCCUCGGUUCGCUCCCUUCCACCAGGUCGUAUCAACAAGCCCGCCGCUCCGCGCAUCCCGCCACGCAACGUCAUGCCCAUCCAAACCAUCUCGCCGCCGGUCUCGGCGCGCCGCGCUGUUCCGCCGCGCGUCGCGCCAACCCUCGACGGCACCAGCCAUGCAAGCUACGCUGAAUCGCAGCUUGCCGGUCAGGCUUCGGACACCUCAUCCCACACCCUUGUUCGUGCCUCGUCUUCGUCAGCCAUUGCCCACAACCCUACCAAUGAGACAAGCACUCGCUGGCGUCGUCAAACCGCAGGGCAGGCGGGCGCGUCGCCGCCGCCGCCUCGACAUCGCAACCUCCAAGGCUGCUCGCUAUCGUCUAGCGGUGCUUCACUCGAGGAGCAAGAAGAGGCGAGCGAGAAGCAUCACGCAAGUUAUGGCUUGCGUGACGCGGGGCCGCAACCGGCCAACUGUCCGCUCCUCACGGGCCGGCCGAUUCCGCACGUCGUCUUUGAUGAUGACGGCGACCGGCUCAAGGCCGCGCUCCUCGACCCAGAGACCGGCGAUGCCAUCCGCGAGUUUGCCGAGCUCCUCGGCGUCUGUCACACCGUCAUUCCUGAAAUCGACUUUGUCGGCGGCAACGACUCGGACGACGACGUGGCCAACGAUGACGCCAAUGACGGAUCCAAGCCGGCCGUCAUUUACCAGGCAGCCUCGCCGGAUGAAGGCGCCCUCGUCAACGCAGCCAAGAUGUUUGGCUACGAGUUUCACACCCGCACCCCUUCGUCCGUCACAGUCUCAGUCUUUGGCCAGGACGUCGAGUACCCCAUCCUCGCCAUCCUCCCCUUCACCUCGGCCCGCAAGCGCUCUUCAGUUGUGGUCCAGCGACCCAACGGCGAGAUUCUCGUCCUCACCAAGGGUGCAGAUGUGGUCGUCAUGGAACUGCUCGACUCGUUCACGCUCAACAACUCGCGCAUCGCGCCGUCAACCCAGUCUCACCUUGACCGUUUCGCCGCUCAGGGCCUUCGCACCCUGGUCGUGGCCAAGCGCGUCGUCUCGCCGGGCCUCUGGGCCUCGUGGUCCGAAGAGCUCGACCGCCUGGAGAACUUGCCCGAGUCUUCGGAAAAGUCGGCGGCGCUUGCCGCCAUCUACGAUGACAUCGAGUCGGAGCUGGUCCUUGUCGGCGCCACUGCCAUCGAGGACAAGCUGCAGGACGGUGUGCCCGAGGCGCUCGCCACGCUCCGCGAAGCCGGCAUCAAGGUCUGGGUCCUCACUGGCGAUAAGCAGGAGACCGCCAUCAUGAUCGGGUACUCGUGCCAGCUCCUUACCCCUAACAUGCAGGUCAUUGUCCUCAACGCGUCCGAAGAGGCCAAGGUCGCAACCAACCGCGACGAGCUCGACCGCGUCCGGGCCCUCCUCCUCUCGUUCAUGGAGGACCAAGUCGCCGCCAUCGCGUCUGCCAUCGACGGCCCCGAGGCUGUCAACUACGCUGUCGUCAUCGAUGGCUACACCAUGCGCAUGAUCCUCGGUGAGCCCGGCUCAGGCUCGUUCUCGCUCUUUGACCGCUUCCGUAACCCUGUCGAGGAGGAGGACAUGCUCACCGUCCGCCUCCGUGAGGCCUUUCUCGACCUCGCUGUCGAGUGCGUCUCUGUCAUUGGCUGCCGGGUCUCGCCAGCUCAAAAAGCUCAGAUGGUCCGCUUCGUCCAGGCUCACCUCGACCCGGUCUCUCUCGCCAUCGGCGAUGGUGCCAACGACGUCGACAUGAUCCGCGAGGCCAACAUCGGCAUUGGCAUCUCGGGCGAGGAGGGUGGCCAGGCGGCGCUGGCGGCCGACUACGCUCUCGCCCAGUUCCGCUUCCUCCUCCCGCUACUCCUCGUCCACGGCCACUGGUGCUACCACCGCAUCUCGACUCUCAUCUUCUACUGCUUCUACAAGAACAUGGCGCUCACCCUCAUUCCCUUUUGGUUUGUCUUCUUCAACGGCUUCUCCGGGCAAACCUUUGUCGAGCGGUGGACCAUCGCCAUGUACAAUACCCUAUUCACCGCCCUUCCAAUCAUCACCAUGGGCCUCUACGACCAAGUCCUUCGGCGAACCUCGCUCCUUCAAUAUCCAAAGCUCUACUACCGCGGGCAGGACAACAAGUACUUUGAUGGUUGGGCCUUUGCCUCGUGGGUCGCCUCGGCCGUCUUUCACUCGAUCGUCUUCUUUUUCUUUGUUGAGGCUGCCCUCGCCCACAACGUCCACGGGCCCGAUGGCCGCGUCUUUGGCCUCUUCUCCAACGGCGUCCACAUCUUUACCGCAGUCGUCAUCGCCGUCAACCUCAAGGCCGCCCUCGAGCUCUCCACCUGGAACAUUGUCACCGUCUCGGCCCUCGCUGCCUCGCUCGUCCUCUACUUUGGCUGGCUCGUGGGCUUCUCCUACGUCGCCUCCUUUUUCCGCGACGCCGUCAACAUGUACUUUGUCGGCACAACCGUCAUCGCCACUCCGACUUUUUGGUUCUUGGGUCUUCUUGUUCCAGUCCUCGCCCUCCUCCCCGACUACACCCUCAAGUACCUUCGCCGCUGGUACUACCCGGAGCCUGCCGACAUUGUCAAGGAGCUCAAGGUGACAGCCGACGACGAGCACAUCGGCAUCCGCGCCGCCCUUCAGGCCGUCCACACUCUCCUGCAAACAGUUGUCCCCGUCUGGCCCGACGCCAUUCUCCCGCACCCGUCGGGCUUUGCCUUUGAGGCCGAGCCCGAGGGCCACAUCCAGGCCAUCACCGACCCCACCAACGGUUCGCACGGUCGCAAUGCUGCCGUGGCGGCUCCAGCCUUUGCCCGCCCGCACGUCGGAACCGGCGCGUCGUCGGGAGGUGGCCCGCUCCCGCGCGGCGGCUCGGGCUCGAGAUCGCUCGGCGUGCAGCAGAACGUCGGCCGCAUCCGCGCCGUCAUUGCCGACGCCGACGCUGACGCCGACACCGGCUCGUCGCGCUCGGCCGGAGGCUCAUGGUCGUCGCGCGCACCACCAAGCCUCGCCGAGUCAGCGCCGGUCGUCAACACCCGCGGAGCACGGCACGGGGUAACCGGCGCCCCGCGCCGUGUCGCCGGCACCGCGUCAAGCGUCACCGCCGAGCCGGGGGCCGGUCGAGCCUUUGCGCUCUCCACCGCGCCGGCUGCCAUGCUCAGCCGACCGCGGCCGGCAACUGUGAGCUCGCCAAGCGGCCUCGCUCCGUUCAUGCCGCCCGGCGAAGGUGGGCACGCGCCGGUACCGGGCUCGGCUUCGUCGCUUGGGCCCGGCACCGACCAGGCUCGCUCUCGAUCGACGAGCUGA